CAGGCGUGUAGCGGCGUGCGGCUCAGUCCAACGUCGGCGAGAGCACCGGAGACAGCCCACCAGCCGCCACACAGAUGAGGCCUGCCACCACCACCACCACUGCCACCACCGCCGCCCCCGCCGCCGACAUCUCUGCCAGCGCACCUCGCCAGACACCUGCUGCUGCACGGCCCACGACUCCUCAACCUGAUGAAGCCACUGUCUCUCGCAUGCGGAGGCUCUCUGCAAAGACGAGAAACAUGAGGCUGGUCCAUGCGGCUGGGAAGAGGGCAGUGGGGCAACUGAGGGCGCUGCUCGCCGCUGGGGCAGACGUGGGGGCGAGGGCCGGGCUGGAGGGGCGGACCGCCCUGCACUGGGCAUCGCGCAGGGGAGACGUCGAGGCGGCGAGGCUGCUGCUGGAGGCGGGGGCGGCGGUGGACGCCAGGGAGAUCAAGGGCAAGCAGAGGACGCCUCUGCACCUGGCUGCAGAGGAGGGAGGCGCCGCUGUCGCGCGGCUGCUGCUGCGGGCGACCGCCGACCCCAACGCCAGAGAUUGCAGAGGGUGGAGGCCUCUGCAUCUUGCAGCAGCCUAUGGCCAGGCAGAAGUGGCAGCUGCGUUGCUCGACGCGGGGGCCGACAGGGGGGCCACAACUGGUGAUGAUGGGGAGACAGCGCUGGACAUCGCCAGGGAGUCGGGCUACAGGCGGGUGGUGGAGAUGCUGUCAUGAGGAGCCAGUACAACGAACUCUGUGCGAGAAAAGAGAACUGAAACAAUUUGUAGAAGAGCAGUAUUCACAAUUUUUUAAAUAAA